AAGUCCAAAUCACUGCCUCUUGCUGUUUUUAUUGGUGACACUUUGCUCCCGUUUCUGUUUUUGCUUUCAUUGGAUUGAAUUCAAUGUCAUUGGAUAAGCCAUUUUCAGACUGUUUUAUUUUCUGAAAGAAAUGAUGUUGUAAAUGGGGAAAAGAAAGAGAGGUGGUGCAUUAUUUCCUUAUAUCCUUUAGAUUCUUUUGGCUCAUUUCAGCAGCAGACACUGUGGUUCCUUUCCCUAACCCGUGAGUGAUACUUCUUGCCAUGGACGGGUUCUCCAGGCACAGUGGGUUUAUCAGCAAUGGCUUGUUGCAGUUGAAGAAAUCAGACUGUAACAUUUUCUGAAGAAACCAUCUGUGGUAUUUUGCAUUUAAAAGCAGUUUCUCGUAGGCGAUUUACAGCAGAAAAUACACACUCCAGAGCCUUGGAGUGGCCCAGGGAAUCCUAUUGGAAUGCAGUGUAUAAUACACAGUACUGAAUUCCCCAUAAGUAGUUGCAUUGCAGUCAAUGAAUUCAUUGUACAUUCAGGGCUCUAGCAUUUCUUACACAAGUGAAAAGAAAGUGACUAAUGAUUGUGGGUGCUUCCAUUUUCAAAUGUCUCAUUUGCUUUUAUUUUCAAAUGUUUCUGCUUUCCAAGUGGUUGAGUGCUGUUUGCUUCCUGAAAAUCAGCCUUGUUUAUCUCACAUGUAUCACCCAGAAACAACUGUACUUUUUGAAACUUUAGACCUGCUUAUCUUUCCCUUGGCCUUCUAGUUAGUCAUUAGAAACCAGCAUGUCCCAUUCAUAAAUGUCAGUAAAAUUGGAUUUUUCUGGUAAAAGAGAUCAUAAGGAAUUCAAAAUGUCAUCUUCCGCAAAUCCUCAAGCACAGAAGAACACGUCCACUUCCUUCCUGGGGUUCAGAUCACCUUUCGCUUGGCUUUUCUCCUUCAGAAAAUCAAGGAAAAACCAGACUCAGAAGCAACCACGAUAUGACGACUCUGCAAACACAGCUCCAAAGGUGGAAGAAAUGGCAAUGGCUGAAAUGUGUAAUGCCCCAAUGUUGGCUGAUACAAGUGGUCAUUCUUUUGAUGUAAAACAAGAUCAAGUAGUGGAAGAGAGCAACCAGGAGUGGAAUGAACAGCUAGAGAAGGAGUUUUUCAGUGUUCUUAGUGAUCUAGAUGACCAGCUGGCCCAGGAGCAAUCCCAAGAUCCAUUGGACAGGACAGUUUCUUCUAGCAGUGCGUCAAAUGUGCAGUACAAUCAAGAUGCCUUCCCUACUCUGAAGAGGAACACUGCUAAUCGAGGGCAACUCAGAAAUGACUGGAAUGACAUACCCAGCACGUUUUUCCCAGAUGGACUGAGAACGAUAAGAGCCAAAGAUGAGCACAAGAUCGUCAUCAGACCAAGGAAAUUGCAUAGUGCAUAUAUAAACUGGCAGCAGACAGCCUUUCAAGAUGAUUUUAAAUACAGUGAUCCAGCUGAUGGAAAUUCUCAUCUGCGAAGCAGCAGGCAGCCUUCCUUUUCUUUUGGGCGGUCUUCAGAAGGCAGCUUGUAUCCUCCUUCCAUAACACAGAACAGCGGAUUUAGGCACAAGAGUUACAUGGACAGGCGUACAGCUGGCAGAAGUUACUCAGUAUGUUCCCUUCGGAGAUGCCCAUCAUCAGUAUCUUCUGACCAACUAUCUGCAUCUAGUUUACAGUAUCCAUUUGCAAGGGAGAACAGCAAUGGCUUUGUACCAAGGUUUGGUCGACAAAACCCAAAGAGAAUUCCAUUGUCUUCUAUUGUAUGGAACAAUACACCAGACUCUCCUGGGCAAAGAUCAACUCAAGAAAAGAUGUUUAGAACCCAGUCACUGAUGGAAUUUCAUGCUACAGACCAUGGCAGAUAUCCUAGCUCUUUGCAAGAAAAUGAGAAAUACACCUGUUACCACUCAAAACACCACUACAGGAGAUCUAUUUCAAGCAGUAAUUGCUUCAGUAGAAUUAGUUGCCCUGACAAAGCAACUUCUCCAUCGUCCUUUGAUAACUGGGAAAAUUAUCCAUUCUACCAAUCAGAAAGUAAUCUCUCUAGAUCUUACUGUAGAGAUAUUUCUUCUCAUGGCAAGUUGUAUGCAAACCACAAAAAUUCUCCUUAUGGAAAGACAGAGAGCUAUCUUUCUUGGACCGAUAUUCCUCAAUACUACAAUGAUAAUGUGUUUAUUUCUCCCGAUACCAGUUUUGAAGUGAUGAUGGCUAAUUUGAAUGACCAGCAGUUGGCAUAUACAAGAAAUGCCAAGUUUGCUUCCCAGCACCUGCAGAAUGAUUUUCACAUGUAUUCUCCAGAAAAUAUGAAUAUUAAAACAUUAACAAGAAGUGCAAGUAGAGCUUUUUCAGAAUUCGCUGAAGGCCAUCAGCCUUGGCUGAGCUGUAACUCUGUAGUUUCUUCUUCUAUCGUCAGAAGUGAUGAAUCUGUCUCACCGAAUUUGAAGGACCAAACAAAACCUGUAGGACUGAACAGGAAUACAGUUGUUACCCAAAGAGGCACUAAGGCAGGUGUUACACCACUAGAAAAGGCUGAAUGUAGGAAACUGCCCGAUGAAGUGGAUGCCACAGACAUUCCUUUACAGUCUGUUUCUCAACAAGCAGAUGCAAACUACAUCAAUACCCAGAGUUUUUCCCUCUUUAACACACUGAGAUCAAAGAGACAAACCCAAGUAAGUGCCAGAACAGACACUGCAAAAAUGAAUGCAUUGAGCAGCAAUACAAGAAAUGUUCAAAUGAAGGAAACUAGUUGUGCACCCAGCAGUGUAUUCAGUCAGUCUCCCUGUACUUUGCCAGCUAACAAGAGCAAAAAGGAAUCUUUUCUUCCAAGCCAGAAAGAAUGGGAACAUAAUCUGCACUAUGUGAGAAGAGGAGAAAGUGCUAAACAGGAUAAUCAGAGUGCAGAAGCAGUUAACCAAGCUGCUCCAGAGGGACAGUCUGCACAGCUGAAUGCUGCUUCUGCUCCAUCCCCUGAACAGCGAGCAAUCUGUCAUGGCCUGUCCUGGCCUCCUGACCGUUCAUCUGGUUCCUCACAAAGUUCACCACCAGCACUUUAUCACGGAGUUGGAAAAACAGCUCAAGUGAGCAGAAGGGGCGUUACCAAAAAGACUUCACAGAAAACACCACAAAAUACAAGCACUUUAGUUACUAAGAACUGUAGUGAACUAUUCAAUGCUAGUUCUCCACAACAGGGAAAUUCUGGAAAUACUUCUACAUGCAGUUUUGAUGGAGAUCCCAAGAGCCCUGAACAUAAUUUAAAUUAUUUUUGCCUUGAAAAAGAAAAUGGAAAGAUAGGGAAUCAUUCACCUUGUACUGAAAGGCUUCACAAGCAAGAUGGCUUGCUCAGACAUACCAGUAGCUGCAGCAUCACUGGUUCCCCAAGGAGAAGCAGCCUCAAAUCCUCUGAUCCACUUGUUAUUUAUUACACUUUACCGAGAAAAUCAGCUAGCAUUGCUGGUAGUAUUAUGUCAGAUACACCCAUCUCUUUCCCUAGAGAAAAUAGAAGCAUGUAUGAUUGUUUAAGAUCUGAAACUCCAAGUGGUGCAUAUCCCUCUUGUCAAAGAGAUGUGUCUUGUUUAGAUUCAAAACAUUCCUUCUUAAGGUCAGCACCAUUAAGUGUUGCUACAAGUAACAAACAGAAAUAUUACUCCAAUCCUUUAACCAGAAGUCCUAAUGAUUCCUCAAGCAGCAGCGCAUCAGCUGAGCUGACAGACAGAUGCGAACAACUAAGCAAAAGAGAAUCCUCUGUGUUUUCAGAUUGUAAGGAAAGGGGAAACUGUUUGCAGAAAUAUAAAACUACAAGCACGUUUACAGUAUGUGUUGAUGAAGAUCAUGUCAAGUACCAUGAGCUAGUUUCAAUUUAUUACACGUUGCCACGGAGGCAUUCCAAAACGUUUUGUAACCUCUUUAGGGAUAAUGCAGAGGAUGCAGAUUUAUCUCUUCCCAGCGAAAAUUCUCAGUCUCCAAGAAUACGAAAAAAGAAGAGUGAAGGUCAUGUGAGUUUAACAAAUGUUUUUUUCCCCAGUACUUUGGAAAAAGAGGUGCCCUCCUGUUCUUCUGACCAAGCACCUUCAGCUCCGGUCACACCUCAGAAUGUAGAAUCUGUAGCUCACUGUGAAGAAGAGAAUUCCCACUUAUCUCCUGGUUCUGAAAAGGCUUGUACUUCCAAGACAGUGAGCACAGUAAAUAGUAGGAAUGACAGCUCAACAGAUCUUCCAUCAGCAGAUCAUGUACUUUCUGACAUGGCAGCGAAAGACAUUUGUUUAGGUGGUCCACAAUCCAUUGCAGUAGUGGCUAACUCAGAUAAUGGCCUUUCUGAUGUGUCAAACAACCAAAAUACAGAAACAUGCCCAAAAGAAAAGAAGAAAAUUGCUCAAACAGCCUCACCACUAACAUCCACUCUACCAACCCCUCCCAAACCAGGCAGACCUUUAGAGAAUUCCUUUUAUUCUGCUUCAACAAGCAAGAAUAGCAUACAGAAGCGAAAUUCUGCAAACUGUUCUCAGCCUGCUGCGGUAAGUGCAAAUAAAAAUCAGAACAGUUCGCUUCUCCGCACAAGAGAGAAAGCUUCUCGUGGAAGGAUCCAUACAGAGUGUGCUAAUGUGUCACUACCGCCCCGGGAAGACAAAGGCAGGGGUAGCACCAAAGUGAAACAGGGAGUAAAUUUCCCACCCCAAACCACCCCUCUGUGCAAUAACAAAAGCAGCAGACUGCAGUUAAGAGCUGGCAGUUCAAGAAAUAACGCAAACAACGUAAGCUCUUAUAGCAAAAUGCUUUCAGAAACUCAUAAGAAAGAGUUUGAGGUAAGCACAGCUUCAAGUUCUGAUGCACUUCUUCAGCCGGAUGAAGAGGUUAGCGCAGAUACAGGUGAGUUAAAGAAUUCUGAGGUUAAAAAAGAGCAAAACCUGCAGAGUACUCAAACGGAUAAAGGCUGCAGUGGUUUGCAGGCACUGGGGAAGCACAGUGAGGGCAGUCUGGACAUUAACAGUAGAGACAAAGUCUUCAGGGUUACACAAGACCAAAAAUUAACACAGAAUGUAGAAAAUGAGAACAAGCUUCUCUCCAAUUGCACAAGAGACAAAAUCAAAGAUAUAGAAAAGAGGAAAAACAGGCCUUCAAUUAAAAAUAAGCUGGCAGCUGUUUGCAAAACAAGUCGAAAAUUUUCAAGUAAAAAUUUACCUCCCAAACCACACAUAAGUAAUAUUUUUUCUCAGAAUGAUGGAAAUGCCACCUGUUUAGAGGUGAGCGUGUCCCCUGAGUCACUGAGUUCAGCAGGUUGCCAUCAGUCACUUCUACAGUCUGAAGCCAAAAAUCAGAAUGACAGUCUGGACUCUGCCAAGAAUUCACAAACACCAAAAACAGCUGAGGUUAGUAAGAAUGAAAAUGUGAAUGAUCUUUCCUUACCUGUUAACAACUUAAAUUGGAGGUCACUUAAAAGCUCAUACACCCAGAAGGAGGCCACCAGUUCCAAAAAACAUGCAGCAAACAUGGAAAAUAGCCCAGGUCUUACAACCCUAUCUCCAGAUAAAGCGUUAGCUACAAGAAAUAAGAAUUCCCAAACACCCAGUCUCAGGUUAGAAAAUACAAGCCAGUCCAUCUCACCCAGCACUACUGCAUUGGACACAACAGAUGAUAAGAGAGCUAGCAGCAGUGCUUGCACUCCUCCUUUGCCUCUUUUAACUGACAAAAACUCAAACACAUUUAUAAGUAAUUGCUUGCAGGCAGACAUAUGUUCAAAGCAGAACUUGACUUCUCAGGCAGUGCUUACUGAGCGUCAGAAAACCUCUGGAUCCAGCAGCUUAAGAAAUGCGAACUUGCAUAGCCAGCUGUUGCACAAGGCUCGUGCGAAAAAUCAGCAUGAACGUCACUUUUCGGAGAGUAUUUGUGCUCAAGAUUCCCACGAGACCUUUGCCUCUGGAAGCAAUAUCCUGCCAAAAGACGGCGUUCAUGGGAAGAGAUGCAAAUUUUACUCAGAGGUGUUGUCCUGUGAUGAAAAUGAAAACUGGGCAUUGGAUGAGGAAAGGUGCUACAGUACAAGGAAUCUGAUGUAUCCUUCUGUUGAAUUUGGUAUAUUUGGCAAAGAACAGCAAUUGGCUUUCCUGGAAAAUAUCAAGAGGUCACUCACAGAAGGACGACUGUGGAGACCUUGUCUUCUUAACAACCCAAGUGCUUUCCGAGAUGGAGAGACCCCUUCUAUAUCCAGAACAAAGCUUUUUAGCUCGAGUUCUGCUGGAAGCAAGGUGUCUUCUGCUGCUUCAUCGCCCCAGGAGCUGCCCGACAUCUACCAGGAUGACCCAGCUGCAUACACAGAUUCAGACUCUGAUACCACCACAGAUGAUGAAUAUUACCUGGAUGAGAUAGAUAAAGAAUCAGAACUGUGACUACCUGUGGUACGUAGAUGGCAAAAGAGUUCCUGGGCAGGCCGAAACAUGUAGAAUACUUUGAGCCAGUUCUAGUGCUGCUAUAGAACAGCACCAAAACAGAUAAAUUCAUAUUCUAGCUACAUUUUCUCACAAGUUUUAAGAGGAAAACAACAGGCUACGUUGCUGAUAAGCAGUUUUCCAGCUCUCCUUGUUUAUCCAACCAAACAUAAUAGUGCUGAUCCAUUCCACCUUGCCAGCACCCACACAAAAUGCUCUAGAAGUGAGUAACUUCACAGCAGAUUUCACUGCUGGAAAACUGUGAAACUGCUGACACAGAUGAGCAUGGAGAUGCCUUUCAGAUGCGCAUGCUGGGAGACGUGCAGCUGACACAGCUUUGGCUGCAGUUCAGAUGCAUUGCCAGGCUUCUGCCUUCGACUCAGGAACACGUUAAUUUGGAUUAACGAUCAGGCACUUCAAACCAUACAAAAUGUAAAAAGAUUGACCCUGUUUAUUUCCCAUACUAACCUGAUGGUUUGAAUCUGAAGCUGUCCUAGCACUGAGAGAACAAACUCAAUGGAUGGCCCUGGGGCUGCACCAAGCCAGGCUAGGCCUGGUGAGCCGGUGCCACUGAUGCAUGGCAUGCACUGGCCUGGUUUUCCUACCAAGUAAAUAAAAUGGGUGAAAAAUGCCCUUUACCCUUUGCGCAAUGAAUACCUCUUCCUGGUAGUUUCCCAAAAUUCCCACUGCCACCACGGUGCUUUCUGUCCUUGGAACCAAAAAGCUGCAGGUGGUUCCCUGUGGCUGUUGUUCAGCCACACUGAGAGACGUGGUGAUACAGCUCAGAGCCACAGUGCAGCCGUGGCCGUUCCGUUCUCACUGAGCUUUGGUCUGUUUCUGUGUGAGAUCACAGCAGCUCGCUGAGCCAGCAAAUAGUAUUUUUAAAUACUUCUACAUUUGUUACUACUUUAAUAAUUUUGCGUGUGGUCUAAAAUGCUGAUCUGUAUUUUUGAUACGCUUUUUAAUUCGAUAAAACUUCAGCAGGUCUUAAUUAUAUUUUUGUAACUGGAAGGACAAUAUCCUGAUGUAAUAUAUGAUAAACAAGCAGUGCUUGUCUCGCUUAAUGCUCUACGAGAAACUAAAGGAUGAAAAUAUUAUGAAAAGUAAUUGGUAUCCUUAUUUUUUUAUAUGUAAACUUCGUUGAAGAAGUGGGUCUCUAACUCAAAUGUGUACUGACACCUAAGUAUUAUUGCUUUAUACUGGGAUAAUUUGUCUUUAGUUGUACAUAAAAGGACUAAUAUAAAUUGUGUAUUUAUAGUUGGAAUUUAUCUAUGAUAUGUCUGUCUUGAAAGAAUGCAAGCAUAUGCUGACAUAUGCAGUAUUGGAAGGCAGUAACUACUGUGUCACUGUAAUCUUGUGAAAUGCCCUAUUCUGAAGAGGAAUUAUGUUUCUCUGUAAGUUCUAUGUGUUCAGGAUCCUGUAGAUUAAGACAGUGAAUCCAGCUGAGUGCCAGAUGGUACCUUGCUGCAAAAUGUUGAUCUUACAACUGGGAAGACCAACCUACAUUAAGUUAGAGGAUAAUAACACAUCUUCUUACAAGAGAAUAGUCGUACAGUUUUACUUGACUGGGAAUGGAUGGCUUAGAACAUUUUGCUUUGUAAAUAUUUCCCACUUCUUCGGUAGAAGCUGGAUUAAGUUCUCACCUUGUUGGCAUAAAAGAUGUAUUUUUCAUUUGCUUUGCUGUUCGUGUACAGGAAAUGAGGUGGCUUAAUUUAAUGUAAGUAAAUAUAGAAAAGUGGCUUCUGGUAAUAAAUCAGUUGUGCAAUAAUGCAUCCUGUCAAGGAGCUGUAAUUGAAUAUUGACAGCGAAUGAUGGUAUUCUGUCAAGCAGUUGUGUGAGAAGAGGGAGAGAAAUCCUUUGAGUAGCCAUUAGUUCCAUUCAGUUCGGCAGAACCAGAUUUUGAUACCUUCACUCUUCCAAGCUUUUUCUUUGGCAAAAGUAUAUAUUCUAUACAUGCACAUAAUUUAUAGGAUUUUCAUAUCUCAAAAAACUUGUUUGCAAUAAACUUUAUUCAAAUGAAUGAA